UACGUCACGACGUCACACGCCGCGUUGGCUCGCAAAGUGGUGAAAAGUUUUUAGACCCCCUCCCCUGUAUGUUUUUGUUGGGGGAAAAGUUGCUGGUAGUUGAUCGUGUGAAUGUAGCGUGCGCGUCGUUUUCGCCCCCUAAGUUACAGGGGAAUGCGAGUUUUUUAUUGCCUAAAGUCGGGAACAGCUUUCGAGCAGGCUUUCAGCUUUUUGCGUCUUGCGGCUCGGAGUGAAAACUCAGUGGCCAUCGCUUCACCUCUCCCGUCUCGUUAGCCACCUAGCUUAAGUGCUAGCGAACUACCCAGCGAGCUAAGUGAACGUUACCUCGCCUCUCAGGCUUUCUGUGGAGCCGCUUGGGGAAAAACUACAACAACAACUAAAAAAAAAAAACACAAUCGAGAUGGCGGAAACCAAAAUAAUAUACCAUAUCGACGAAGAGGAGACGCCGUACUUGGUGAAGAUUCCCAUUCCAGCCGAAAACAUCACUUUGUUGGAUUUUAAACAGGUCUUGAAUAAGCCAAAUUACAAGUUCUUCUUUAAGUCUAUGGACCAGGACUUCGGGGUGGUAAAGGAAGAGAUUUCCGAUGACGGUGCCAAGCUGCCAUGUUUCAAUGGCAGAGUCGUGUCAUGGCUGGUCUCCUCAGACACUCCAGCAGCAGAGCCUCCAGUGGCGGCGGCACCCCCUGUGGAAACGUGCGCCCAGCCUUCGCCACCUCCGCCACCCUUGCCUCCUCCACCUGCAGAGAGGACCGGGGGCAUUGGAGACUCCAGACCACCAUCCUUUCAUCCCAAUGCUGCAGGCAGUGUGGAGACUUUAGACGACCAGACUGAGACAGAGUCUGUAGUCUCCUUCAGGAGAGAGCGGCCUCGGCACAGGGAGAGCAUGGAGCAACACGGACCGCGUAUGAAUGGCCAGAGUCGCCUGGAGCGCCACCUAGCAGGCUACGAGAGCUCCACUACAGUGAUGAGCAGCGAGCUGGACACCACCAGCUUCUGUGACUCGGAAGACGACGACACCAUGAGCAGGUUUAGCAGCUCAACAGAGCAGAGCACAGCCUCCAGGCUGCUUAAACGCCACCGCCGGCGCAGGAAACAGCGGCCCCCACGCUUGGAGAGGGCUUCAUCCUUCAGCAGUGUGACAGAUUCCACAAUGUCCCUCAACAUCAUCACCGUCACACUCAACAUGGAGAAGUACAACUUCCUGGGCAUCAGCAUCGUGGGCCAGAGCAACGAGAGGGGGGAUGGAGGAAUCUACAUCGGCUCCAUCAUGAAGGGAGGAGCUGUGGCCGCAGAUGGACGCAUAGAGCCUGGAGACAUGCUGCUGCAGGUGAACGAUAUCAACUUUGAGAAUAUGAGCAACGAUGAUGCGGUACGGGUGCUUAGGGAGAUUGUGCACAAGCCAGGGCCCAUCAUCCUCACAGUGGCCAAGUGCUGGGAUCCUUCUCCUCAAGGCUACUUCACUCUGCCUCGCAAUGAGCCGAUCAGACCCAUUGACCCGGCGGCGUGGGUGAGCCACUCUGUGGCUCUGACUGGGGCCUACCCUCCCUAUCCAGGCAGCUCCUCCCUCAGUACCAUCACCUCCUCCUCCUCUGUCACUGAGACUGAACGUUUUGAUGACUUCAACCUGUCACUGCACUCUGACAUGGCAUCAGUUGCCAAGGCCAUGGCCUCGCCAGAGUCUGGCCUGGAAGUCAGGGAUCGCAUGUGGCUGAAGAUCACCAUCCCUAAUGCUUUCCUUGGCUCAGACGUGGUGGAAUGGCUGUACCACCACAUUGAAGGCUUCCAGGACCGUCGUGAGGCCAGGAAAUAUGCCAGCAACCUGCUGAAGGCCGGCUUCAUUCGGCACACCGUCAACAAGAUCACAUUCUCUGAACAGUGCUACUACAUUUUUGGAGACUUCAGCGACUGUGAGAACUAUAUGGCCAACCUGUCCCUGAAUGACAACGACGGGUCAAGUGGGGCCUCAGAUCAGGACACCUUGGCCCCUCUGCCUCUCCCUGGGGCUUCCCCUUGGCCUCUGAUGCACACCUUCCCCUACCAGCCGUAUCCCACACAUCCCUAUUCCAGCCAGCCACCUCCCUACCAUGAGCUCACCAGCUACAGUUACACCCCCGGCAGCACCGGCAGCCAGCACAGCGAAGGGAGCCGGAGCAGUGGGUCGACGAGAAGUGAGGGCGAGAGGCGCCGCAGCAGUAAAGGUCCCGGCAGCACCGUGGGGGGAGAGAAAUCACCCUCUGGCGGGGGUGGAGAAGGCGGAGGAGCCGACUCUCGCUCUGGCAGCGGCAGCGAAUCAGAAUACUCCACCCGCAGCAGCCUGAGGCGCGGCCACGGCUCGGCCACUCCCAGCGAGCACAGCCACGCCUCCACCCAGCGCUCACAUCACCACCGCAUGCCUCAGCCGCCCCACAUGUCGCCCUACCCACCAGGCAUCCCGCUGCCCUACAACCCCAUGAUGGUGAUGAUGGUACCGCAGCACCCGCACCCAGCUAUGGGACCUGCUCACGCUCUCCCCCACGCCCAGCAGCUGCCCACAGCCCCUAUGCACCCGGCCCUUCCCCCGCCCCCCUCCUCCACACCAGGAGGACCUCCUGGGGCCCCGCCCACCCGAGACCUGGGCUCGGUACCCCCAGAGCUGACUGCCUCACGCCAGUCGUUCCACCUGGCCAUGGGCAACCCCAGCGAGUUCUUUGUGGAUGUCAUGUAGUCGGGGGCUGACACGAGCUGGAUGUUUUUGUUUGUCUGUCUUGGUGUGAGUGAUGUUUCAUGUGUGCGAUUUUCCACUUGUUUUGAUCAGGAUCUGGUGGUAGCCUCUGAGCUCACAAGCAUCUAUUGGAUUGUGGGUGCUUGUUUCAAAUUUGGUGAGAACAGGGUUUAACGUUGACAGUAAAAAAAGAAAAUCAAAGAAUUUCCUAACCUAGAAAAUGUAGGACAUGGUCUUGCUACAUUUGUGUAUAAAGUGUAGUUGUUUUCCCCUUGAUAGAAUACUCAACCACUUUUUAAAACUUAGGGCCAGAAACACACUUCCCAUUUUCUGAUGUCAACAACUUACUGGGAGUAGAGUGCCUGUAAGAGCUGGUCAGGACUGUAGUUUGCAGUCCAACCUUUAAUUAUAAUUUUUGGGAAGGGAAGCAGGUCCUUUGUCAAUGCCAUAGUCAAAUCUCAGAGCUGCCAAACCAGGAAGCACACUGACCACAUUUCAACACUAGAGGGUGCCAGUUACACUGACAGUGUACUUGAAGAGGUUAUGAUCCUGGAAGUAUGGAUUAGGAUCAAUAGCCAGAUUUGGUGGUAUCACAGCAAACUCAGUUAUUUUGAAAUGGAGAUUUGUUGGUAACACAGGAGUAUAUCGAGUGCCUUAUCUUUCACAAUUUUAUGAGACACUUUUCACUCUCAAGGGUACACACAAAAAAAAAAACAGCAUUGGAAGAUUUUACAGUGAACUUUUUUGUAUAUAUUUACUACUCCCUUGUAAAUGCAACAAUACAGAAUAGUUAACUUCUAAUGUGAAAAAACAAUAGGUCCAAAAAUGUCGGGCGAACUUGUGUUUAGUAAUCACUGUCUAGGCCUAGUCGUCAGAUGACUGUUUGAUUGUGAAGGGUACCAUGUUAUUCUGUGUGGGACUGCGGAGUGGUGAAGGUACUAGCGUGCAGAGACAAGUUACUGAGAGCGGUACUUUAGGAUUGCAUACAAUGUAUAUCUUAAGUGACUGUGAUCCAAAUGCCCCAGUUCCCUGUGCAUAUUUUCUAUGUAACUGACUCACAUUAUUCAACCAUUGCAUUUUUGUAUGAGUGAACUAUAUAGAUCAUGUAUAACCAAACCAUAAGGUGCUAAAUGAAGAGUCAACAUUUCAAAAGUAUGUAUGACAUUGACAGUGUCACAUUUUUUUGAUUUCAUAUUGUCACCUUUGUUUGUGUAUUUGAGAAUAAAUUUGAUACUUAUAUACUAA